CAUAGUGCUCCGCCGGCGCUAGGGCCCCGCAGCGGGCGGAAGGGGCGUCCUGCGGUGUGCAGCCAUGGAGGCGGGCUGCUCGCGUCGCCUGAGGCGGAAUAGGGCCCCUCGGCGCUCCUGCGGCCAGAAAGAGUUCGCGCCCGACGGCUCCGCCGAGCAGGACGAACGUCUGCGGUUGUGCCUGGAGGAGCAGUGGCGGCAGCUGGCUGAGGAGCGUGUGGAGCGGCCGGAGAAUCUGGUGAAAGCCGUGUGGAAGCCAGAACAGGGCAUUGUGGAGCUGGAGUCCCCUGCGGGGAAGUUCUGGCACACUAUGGGGUUCUCAGAGCGUGGCAAACAGUGUCUGCUGCCUGAGGAGGCUCUGUACUUGCUGGAGUGUGGCUCUCUUCAGCUCUUUUACAAAGAUGUGCCCAUGUCAGUUCAGGAAGCCUAUGAAAUUCUGCUGUCCCAGGAGGCGAUGAGCCUGCUACAUUACCAGGUGUUCAGCCACUUGAAGCAGUUGGGCUAUAUUGUACUGAGAUUCAACCCCAGCACUGUCCUGUCUUCCUGCGAGAGGCAACUAAACCUGGAAAGUCGUUGCAAGAGCUCUGGGAAACACCAUCACAAAAGGAGGAGGAGUUCCAGCCCUGGAUCACGUGAGAAGAAACAUAAGGUAUCUGAGGACCUUCCAAAAGCUGAAGGGACCUGUGAAAAAGGCGGACACGACUGUGGAGAACUCAGUUGUGUUCCCUUGGAUGAGAAGCCAUUGUCAGAGCAGCUGAAGGAAUUGGAUACUGGCAAUGGAGAGGAGCAGUCUGUCACAUCAAACUCAGUUCCUCUUGAUACAGGACGAAAGAAUGUCCCAGGCCCCUCCUGGAGUCUGGGAACUGGAGACCAGAAGGCGAGCAGCACUGGCACCCAUGCGCCACGCUGGGAUUUUACUACGAUCUUCUUGCCAAAUGUGGCCCCAGAUCAGCCAUGUAUACAUCUGCCCUCACCUGACAACAAGCUUUUGCCAGAAAAUGUGCCAGGGAGGGAGGUCGAUGCAGCAUCCUGGUGCAGACGCGUCAACCAAAAACAGGAGAAGCUGUUACAGAAGGAAAGGGAGCAGCAGGAAAAGGAAAGCAAGUACAAGAGCAGUAUCAAUUUUGACAGGGAGGUGAGGUGCUGCAUCAAUUGGCAGGAAUACAAAGCUCUUUUGAGAUGGAGGAGCCAGCAGAGAGUUUGGAGACAACCACCGCAUCUGUGGGGCCAAGCUGUCACACCACUUCUGCAGCCAGAGGAAGCUACCUCAUUCGCUGCAGUCCGCCAGCAGAUCAGUGUGCUGCAGCCCUCCCACAUACUGGAUGGAGCCUCCCGGCUACAAGAGGACUUGGAGAGUAUCAAGAUAGACUUCAACGUGUAUCAAGCAGAUGCUGUGGCCAAGUUUAAGAAGACAAACCCUGGGAAGCCAUAUGUCAGGAUGUGUGUUCAAAGCUUUGAUGAGCAAGUCCCAUCCCUUCGGGCUUUGAAGCAGGUCACAUAUCAGAGUGGGGACGUCCCAGUGGUCUUUGCUCUGGCAGACCAUGGAGAAAUUGCCUUCUACUCGCUAAAGGAAUUCAAGCUGCCAGUUGAUGCUAAUUACUGAAGACAUUAACUUAAAUGGCGUGGGGUGAAGGAAUGAUCUUCACUCAGGAUUUGCUUUCUUGAUUAGUGAAAUAUUACAGAAAAUAGAGCCCGUGGUAACCAGAUGUUACUUUGGGUGGUCGCACUGUAUUUGCUGUUAGAGGUUUCACCCAAAUGGGAGUUGGCUCAUGCACGACAGCAAAAUGCAUUGAAAACAAUGGCUUAGCUGGGCAUUUCUGGACUGGAGUACACACUGCUUUGUUCUUGAAAGUGUUGGUUCUCCAGCUUUCUCAUCUUCUGGACCACUAGUCUGCCUUUCCUGUGUCAUGGCUGAUCUGUGGACCAUUAGAAAGCACUCUACCACUGUAAAGCCCUUGUUAUAUUCUAGGAACCACCAUGCUAGGCCAGCUGAGCAAUUGGAGUCAUCAGCCAAGGGCAGAAAAGCCGAUCAUAUCAGUGGUGGUGUCCUGAGCCUCUGUCAUUCAGUUGCUCCAACAGAUCAGAAUCUUAUCCAAUAGUUGAAAAUGAAACAGCCAUAAAAUUCAGCCACCCUGAUAAAAGUUUUCAGGCACUUGAGAGCUGGAAACUUAGUACCUUCCACACUAUCUCAUUACUCAGAGACUGCAGAAGACCCCAGAACACCGCAGAUGGUGCCCAGCCUCCUGCUGUUGCAGUUGGGCUGAGAUGUAUUUUGGCUGUACAUUAUGCCAUAUUUGGCUCUAAUAUUAUGCCAUAUUAGAGUUAUACCACCAGUAUUGGCAUGCUGUAUCUGUUAGUCUUAGCAUGGCUUCACUGCAGCCCCUGUUUUAACCUGAUGUCCUCUUUUCUGGCUGUGGAUCCUUGUCUGUGUUUCUCAAGUGAGAGAUCCCUGAGUAGAGAAAGAAGGUAGAAAUAACUUCUGAGCCUUCCAGGCCUGUGGCUGUUGUGCUCCAAACCAAGGACAUUGUUGCUUUCAAGGCCUUAUCGUGUGAGCAUUCCUCCAUCAUACCCGGGUACCAAAUUUGCUUUAGCCUCUAUGCAAAAGUACCAGUGUCAGAUGCCAGAAAGUCUGCUUAGUGGGUGCUGAGCCCAGCUGUGUUCAGUAUCUAGGUUCUUUAGAAGUGUAAUAGCAGCUGUUUUAGAUGUAUCUUAUGUGAUAAUUUUUAGUUCCUUUUGGAGGUGGGAAGAAGUUUAAGCAAUAAAGAACCUUUUCCAACA